AUGUAUGACUCAAGAAGGAAUAUUUUUUGGUUUGCAAUAAUUACUAGGAUAAUAGUUUUAAGUCUACAAUUUAUUUUUAAUAUAUUAUGUCCUGAUCAUUAUGCAGAUGCAUUUAGAAGUCCUAUUGAUCAUUCUGAACGAAUUUCAUUAUAUGACAAUAUAAUUACAUAUUUAUUUAGUGGUCUUGCAAAAUGGGAUGGUGAAUAUUUCUUACACAUUGCAAAAUAUGGUUACACAUAUGAAAAUACCUUGGCUUUUUAUCCAUUGUAUCCUAUGUUAAUUCGAGUUACUGCCAUCUUUAUAAGAACAAUAUUUUUUGUAUUAAAUAUUCAUAGCUCUGUACUUAUUGCAGCUGUGUUAAUUAAUAUUAUAUGUUUUGUAAAAUCUGCUGUUGUAUUUUAUGAUCUCAGUAAGGUAGUAUUAAAAGCAAGUGUAGCUUAUAAAGCAGCAAUAUUGUAUUGCAUAAAUCCAGCUACCAUAUUUUUCUCAGCUAUUUAUUCAGAAUCUUUAUUUGCUUACUUAACAUAUUAUAGUAUGUUAAAAUCCAUUAAAUUAGAUCCAUAUGUAUUUUUUCCAAUAGGUUUAUCCAUUCUUACAAGAUCAAAUGGUAUAGUUAAUGUUGGUUUUCCUGUUUAUUUUGAAUUAAGAAAAUUAUUUUACACUUAUACAGAAAAAGAUGCAAAUUUUUCAUUAAAAGCACUUUAUCAGUUUAUCUUUAAAAUAACUUCUUUAAAAAGUUUUUGUUUGAUAUUUAGUACAAUAAUUACAUCAAUAGUUCCAUUACUUCUAUUACAAAUGUAUAAUUAUAUUAUUUUUUGUAUUCCUAAUUUAAAUCAAACAUUUAUUUUUAAUCAUAUUGCUAAUUCCAGCAUAAUAAACAAUUUAGUGUUGCCUGGUAGUGAUAAUAUAGAAUGGUGUCACUUGAAAAUUCCAGUAGCAUAUUCUUAUAUACAGAAAAAAUAUUGGAAUGUAGGAUUUAUGAAUUACUACAAAAUAAAACAAAUACCAAAUUUUGUUUUAGCAUUUCCAAUAUUAUAUAUUAUGAUUAGAUGCAUAAAGGAAUAUUUUUUUGAACAUAAAAAGUACUUUUAUACAUUGGGAUUUAUUAAAGAUAUUGAACAUAAUGUACAAACUGAAAGAAAAAAAUAUCCAAUUGAAAUGUUAGUAUUUGUUCUUCAUGGUUUAUUUUUAACUGUAUUUUGUAUUCUGUUUGUGCAUAUUCAAGUAAGCACCCGUUUAAUAAGUUCAGCAAGUCCAUUAAUAUAUUGGUAUUGUGCUUUAUCAAUGUCUGACAUAUUUUAUAAUGAUGAUAAUAGUAUAGAUAAUAAUAAAGAAAACAUAUUUUGGAAAUGGAAGGUAUUUUUUUUAACAAUGAAAAGAUAUACUUUGAAAAAUAAACUUAUAUUUUCCUAUUUUCUUGGAUAUGCAGUAGUAGGUUGUUUUAUGUUUCCAAACUUUUUACCAUGGACAUAG